AUGGAUUGUUACUCUGCUUCUACCACUCGAAACGUGCUUAUUGACUGCUCAUCAGACGCAAAAGAAAACAAGGAACCCAUUGAUGCUCAAAUUCCUACCAAAUCCCUCGUUUCAGCGUUAAAAGCGUCUGUGAACGAGCAGCUCGUGCAACUUUCCAGUCCAAAUGACUCUAGUAGUUGCAGACAUCGUCGUGCACUCCACAAGAUCGACAAAAGUUGUUCGAGACUUGAAAGACAUUCGCCACAAUGUAUACUACCGAAUCAUUCCUCUCGUGUCUCCAAAGACCGAGUAGAAGCCAAGAAAACGCACAGCCAGAUGACGACACUAAAAGAAGGUUCAAACGACACAACUCAAGCCGAAGAAACGCUAUUGAAAGGCCACAAACACACUACAACUCCAGUAACUAAUGAGUCAACGACUUUGAUGGAUUCUACCAGUCAAUUGGAGCUCCAAGAGAGUGAGAACCUUGCUUGGAUGGACAUGAUGCUAGCUCUUCUAGAGAAGCGGUACGACGCAAAAUCCACGCUGCCCGUGUGUCUCACAGAUCUCGAAGCGGACAAUCCUUUCCAAUUGCCUCAGCACAAAAAGAUCAAGACGGAAAUCCCCUCGAUUCAAGCAUCAGUGUACUCCAGAAGUAGCUUAGACGCCACUAGACUUCCAUCUAGUGUCAGCAGUACCUCGAGUAAAAUGGCAGUGACACAAUUGGAGCAGAUUCCGACGCGAUCUGGUCACGAACAAGAGCAGACAAAAGAGGAAAAGCGACAGCGUCUACUGCUUCGGCAUGCCCAGCAAAUUCAAGCUUCGACUGUCGCUUCGUCCACAAGCUGUGGAUGCAAGACUGGUUGUCUCAAGAUGUAUUGCAUGUGCUUCAGCUCACGUGGAUUCUGCCAUACUGGAUGUGCUUGUGACGACUGUAAGAAUGGUCGCAAGAACCAAACUGAACGUGUGGAAGCCAUCCAGAAUUAUUUAGCCAACGAUCCACGUGCAUUCUCGUUCUCGUCGCUGCUACAAGAUGAAAACACGACGGGUUUUCUUCAUCUUCUCCCGCAGAAAUCCAGCUCGAUUGUAAUGCGUGGCUGUCGUUGCAAAAAGUCCAAGUGCUCAAAGAAAUAUUGCGAGUGUUUUCAGAACGGCAUCGCCUGCACGUCACACUGCCGCUGCAUGAAUUGUUCCAAUAGCGAGACGUCCCACUUGCAAAAGACUCCAGCUCACGGCAAGCGUGCUCAAUAUGAAUCCACUAGGACUGCUACGUUUGGACUAAAGCCGUUUCAUCCCGUACAAAUUACUGUGACCAAGCAGCCUCGUCGAAACUACGUCGGUAAGACAUUGCGCUUGAACCUGUAA